AUGGCUUUGUCUUUAUUUAUUUUUAUUAGUUGGUUUGUAUGUAUACUCACAUGUUAUUAUAUAAUUCGUCCUUUUUCGAUUAAAUUAGUUCGAUUUAUUUUAACAAGUUUUUUAUGUAUAUUAUUAAGUUAUAUCACUUGUCAAAAUCUUCCUCGAUUUAAUGCAUUGGCAAUAUUCACAGUUGUAAUAUGUUGGUUAACCUCAAUUCGUUUAAUUGCGUUGACAUCAUUUUCAACAAACAUAUUGUUAACAUUUCAAUCAUUUUUAUUGAAAAUUCUUUGGAUCUAUUUUCCAAUUUUACCAAAAACAAAAGCACAAAAUCAAUGGCCUAUUAUAUAUAGUAUAAUAUUAGUCAUAAUCAAAUUAUUAAUAAAUCAUUGGAUUUAUCGAUGGCUUAUUAAAUGUGACAUGGGAGUUAAUUAUCAAAGAAUUUUCAUGCUUUAUUUAUUUCUAAUAACAAUACCGUAUAUUCUGGAUAUUGAAAUGAUUUUUGUACGGAUUUUAGCUCGAAAUAAAUAUACACUUGAAUCAUUUACCAAUUUUCCAAUAUUUAGUUUAUCAUUACGAGAAUUUUGGGGUCGAAGAUGUAAUCGAAUUGUUCAUAAAAUUUUAAAAGAAUCAAUUUUUGAACCAAUUCGAUUGAAAUUUUCAUCGUCGACUAUUGCAAUAAUGAUAACAUUUAUUAUAAGCGGUCUUUUUCAUGUUCAUAUAUGGCUUGUUGCCUUUGAUGAUAAAUCAUCAUUAUUUCCAACUUUCAUGUUUUUCUUUUUACACGGUAUUGCUUGUUCUAUUGAAACAAAUAUGAAAUUUCAACUUCCUGUAUAUGUCGGAUGGACAAUAACACAUGCAUUUCUCCUUAUUACAUCACCACUCGUAGCUAGACCAUUUAUAGAAAAAGGAUCUCUAUUUUUAAUACGUAAUCCUACACCAUUUAUCAAUGUUAGAUGGAUACCAAAAUUACCUUUACCUAAUUUUUGUCCAUGA